GAUGACAUAUUUACAAAUCGGAAAGGAAGAACAAAAGUGUUGAACCCCUCCCUCCUCCACCUCAUCCUUUCUCGCUAAAUCCGAUUUUUUCUUGCAAUACUGCAUUUUGCUAUCCAUCCAUCCAAUAUCAUUGUUAUGUAAUGUGAUCGGUUUCCAGGUGAAAUAUAUACACUAGAUCAAGGGGAGGGGGGACUCAACACAGGGUUCGUCGUCGUCAGAUCUGCUGAGCGAUUCUUUUUGGCUCAGCAUUUGCUUUUCCAUUUCCGGAUUGCAAAGCACAGGCGCGUCCUUGUUCGCCCGAGCCGGCUUUUCAACUUCAUUGAUGGGUGCAACAGAUGGUAUGCCAAUCACUGUUUUGCAAGAAGAACUGACCUCAGUUGAUUGCUUAAGUAUUCUCACCACUCUCAACAUUCUGCUUGGCUGCAAUCAACCUUAUGGGGGAGUGGGUGAUUGGAGCAUUCAUCAACCUUUUCGGCAGCAUUGCCAUUAAUUUUGGAACCAACCUUCUAAAACUGGGUCAUGAUGAGAAGGAAAAGUAUUCCAUGCUGGACACGGAGGGAACAAAUGGGAAGGUUGCAGUGAAGCCCAUAAUAUAUUUCCAAACAUGGAGAAUUGGAAUUAUUUUUUUUGCUGUUGGGAACUGUCUAAAUUUCAUUUCAUUUGGAUACGCUGCUCAGUCACUACUUGCAGCUCUGGGAUCUGUACAAUUUGUUUCUAACAUUGCUUUUGCCUACUUUGUAUUGAACAAAACUGUGACAGUCAAAGUAAUGGUAGCAACGACUUUUAUUGUUCUUGGAAACAUCUUUCUUGUUGCUUUUGGCAACCACCAGUCACCUGUUUAUACACCAGAGCAGUUAGCAGAGAAGUACAGCAAUAUUACAUUUCUUCUAUAUUGCCUGAUUUUGGUCCUAACAGUUGCUUUGCUUCACUCAAUAUACAGGAGAGGGGAACAGCUGCUCAGUGUCCCUGGAAAUGACCUCAAGCCCUAUUGGCAGAUGCUGCUUCCAUUUUCAUAUGCAAUUGUUUCAGGUGCUGUUGGGUCAUGCUCAGUGUUGUUUGCAAAAUCUCUGUCAAACCUGCUAAGAUUGUACAUUUCCAGUGGUUAUUCACUGCAUAGCUGGUUAACGUACUCCAUGCUUCUGCUAUUUCUUAGUACAGCUGGAUUUUGGAUGGCUAGGUUGAAUGAAGGACUUUCACUGUUCGAUGCAAUUCUUAUUGUGCCAAUGUUUCAGAUUGCUUGGACCUUUUUUUCUAUUUGUACAGGAUUUGUGUAUUUCCAGGAAUAUCAGGUAUUCGAUGCUUUACGAACAACAAUGUUUGUGCUUGGAAUGGUUUCUGUAUUCAUAGGCAUAUCUUUGCUGGCACCAGAUGAUUCCAAAGGAGGUGAAGUCAAGGAUAGACCUGUAGUUUCUGAUUCAAGUCUGUCAAAUGAUGUGGGAAGGCUGGUUAUGUCAUCUGAAGAUUCUCAAAUUAAAGACAUGAAAUCAUUUAAACAAGUAAUGUUGACGAGAUCUGCAAGUUUGAUUAUCAAGGCAAAGGCUGCAUGUUCACUAUCAUUAGGUUUGGGGGAUAACUCACUUCACGCAUCAUCAGUUUUGGUAAUGCCUAUGGUGUCAUCCAAAAUGAAUGGCUUCCGGGGAAGUGGGCUUGACCGGGCCAAAUUAUUUUCUGUUAGAGGCCAAGGUUGGAGCAAAAUUUCUGGUGAUGAUGAGGAUGGUGAGAGAAUUUUGGAGGCAACUGCAAUGCUUCCCCAGAGUGUUGGGGGUAGCAGUAGUAUGGUUACAUGAUGAUAGCUUAAGCAAAGUAAGACCAAUACCGGUUAUUUCUACCAUACCAUCGUUUUGCCAAGAUUUUUAGACACUGUUAUUAAUGUCUGUCUAUAGUUGUGCCUGCAAGACUGCUAAGGGAUUGAUUAUGUUAGUUCCCAGAAUAUGACAAAUGAAGGGAUAUAUAUAUAUAGUGUUGGUGGAGUUGAAUUUGAGAAAGUUUCCAUUGGUAAUUUGAGUUCAGGAAUUGGUUGUGAAAUUAUGGCAAUCUAUGUUGGAAUCGGAAGAUGGUGAGGCGAAGAGGCAUGAGGAGGUGGGUAGUUUGGCGCGCCACGAGCUGCAAGCAAUUGUUUGAAACGAGAGGUUAGUACAGUAGUAUGUAUCAGUGUAGUACAAAUUCUGCAAAUGACUGUGAUAUGUGUAUAAGCUGCUAUGGUAUGGUCCCUGUGUGUAGUGAGUGAGUAGUGAGCCUAAGGUUAUCCCUUUGUAUCUUCUUCUAUAGACUGUAGACUAUAGUGGGUAAAUCUCAGAACACCCAAAGAAAACUUGUUCAGAAUUUACACUUGUAAUACCAAAUCCCCCUUGAAUCAUAAGGAGGGGGAGUUCCCAAUUGGACUUCCAUUACAUACAACAUUUUAGGCCUUUAUAAUUUGAAUUGCUCCGAAUUCUCUUUUA